UUUCUUGACUCCCUUCAGCAGCGUUCCAUCAUCAUAACAUGAGCCAUAAGCAGCAGGUCAAUACAGCUUUGGCUCCGGAGUGAGUGCUAUGACGGGGAUCGACGUUAUCCACCGCCCCUAACCCUGUCGGUGGCCUGCGAGCAAUUUGCAAGUGCCAUUCCUUCAACCUGUUUCUGAUCACUUUUAUUAGAUAUCCGCUAAUCGUACUUUGGCGGAUUUUUUUUACUUCGUCUGACUUCGUUGUUCACUUGUUGAGUCUUUUUGAAGUCACAUUUCAUGGUCUGUGUCGUUCUAUUCUGCUUGCAAAAAGUAUAUUUGUCCUUCGCUUGUCAAGUUCGCGUUCUGAAAUACUACCUUCCUAAUCAACACUACCGAGAUCUCCCUUGCUUUCUCCCCCCUGAGAUCUACAAUUAUCUACUUGAAAUGGCAUCUCAUGCUGCUCAAAAUGCUACUCCAGAUCUCCCAUCGGAUUUUCCACCACACAACAACCUGACCUCGCUACGACAUCCCCAUCGCCAAGAAUUAUAAAAUAGCCAAAUAUCGCCGAGGUGUGGGAAAUCAAGGGCGGACAUCUACCCCGAAUCUAUCGCUUACAUGCUGCUGGCUCGGCAUAUCUUCAUCGUAUACUUAUCCGGAGCUUUUGUUUCCUUCUGACUGGUCUGCCGAGCGCCGAGAUCACAUCUCCCGGAUCUUAUAUAUCGCGUUCUCAGGAUUGAGGUGCCAUCGUGUUCUUCACCAGGACGCUUGCUGGGUUUUAUGUGAAAAUCAUGAGGCAAUUGAGGGGUAUGUGUCGUCUUGGCUUCCCCUCUUCAAUUAAGAACCAUAUCAGGCUUUAAAAAUGGGGUCAGGAGGCGUGGAUGUGUAAGUAUUUGUAUGGGGGGAAGCCCGAGGUGGGAAACAUUCUGAAAUCAGGCCCCAGUAUCACAAGUUUCACGUCUCAGCACAUCACCUAUCUGUGAUAGAGAAACAGCCAUGGCUUUCUCAUCGAUUUGGACUCGGUCCCUUUCCACUCUCACAAUUUUGCUCGCGGUCCUCGCAACUUCGAGCAAUGGCCAAACAUGCUCAACUAUCAAUCCUGCGCAGGGGGCGCCAGUCACCGCUUCAGGUGUGCAAACUCGAGUGGUCAUAAAUGGAUUAAAAUCUCCGAGAGGAAUGGUAUUUGACACUGCCGGAAACUUGCUCGUCGUAGAACAAGGUGGUGGAGGAAUCAGAUAUAUCAAACUCACCGAUAAUGGUGGGAUCAACGUCUGUGUUGCCUCGAGCAAGACAUUGAUCGCAGACAACACUCUUAACCACGGCAUCGAUCUCUCUGCUGAUGGCAAAACCCUCUUCGCCUCAAGUUUGACAAAUGUUUAUUCUUACCCAUACGAUGCCGUCGCAGGUACAGUCGGCACGAGAAAGACCAUCAUUCAGAACAUGCGCAAUGGUGGACACUCUACCCGAACAUUGUGGGUAUCCAAAUUCAACCCUAAUAUGCUUCUCGUAAGUCGAGGGUCAGACGGCAACAUUGAUGCACCAACAGCGCAAAUCACUUCAGGCCGCAGCCAAAUCAGAGCAUUCAGCAUCUCCGGAACGAGUAGCGCUCCAGUUGAUUACACAGCUGGAGAAGUCAUAGCAUGGGGCUUGCGGAACAGCGUCGGUAUGAGCGAGGAUAUUAGCAGCGGUGGAUUCUGGUCCGUCGAGAACUCCGUCGACGACAUGCGUCGCCAAGGCGUGGAUGUACACAACACCAACCCAGGUGAAGAACUGAACUACCACGGUUUGCUCAACUCUACCACAGCAUCACCUCAGCGCGGCGCCAAUUACGGCUAUCCGCAAUGCUUCGCAGCGUGGGAUCCAAGCGUUCUCCCCAACAACGCAAACAUCAAAGUCGGCACGCAAUUCUUGAUUGGCGACCCCUCGGGAUCCAACACAGAUGCGAUGUGUUUAGAGCGUCAAGCUCCUCGUUUGACAUUCCCUGCUCACACAGCGCCGCUAGAUGUGAAGUUCAACCGGAACGGUACCGCGGCGUACAUUGCGUUCCAUGGAAGUUGGAACCGUUCACCACCCGACGGAUACAGACUCUCGCGCAUAGCAUUCAGAAAUGGACAGCCCGUCGAGCCAACCACUAGCACAACGGCCGCUGUCAACAUCCUGUACAAUUCUAACAAUGCCAAUUGUCCAUCGAGAUGUUUCCGUCCAACGACGCUCGCGUUUGAUUCGAAGGAUAGGUUGUUCAUGACUAGCGAUUCGACGGGUGAGAUCUAUAUCAUCACGGGUGCAUAAGCUCGGUAAAGCGGGUUGCUGUAGCCUUCCAGACCCACAAUAUUGAACUGCGGAUGUUAUAUCUAGCGAGCUGAAAGAUGAACAUUGGGUGGGAGAGUUGUACAUAUUGUUUUGCUCAGUCAUUUUCGCAUUAUUAUUGAGUCCAUUCUUUCUUUCAGGUUUCGGGAUGAUCGCAAAGCCUAAAC